AUGGCUACCGAAAAGAAGGAGAAGCUGGAGGCGCAGAUCAAGUCCGUCGAUAUGACGGAAGAUAUGCAGCAGGAAGCCAUCAACCUUGCUAUCGAAGCCAUGGAAAAAUACCCUAUUGAAAAGGAUAUCGCGCAAUACAUCAAAAAAGAGUUUGAUUCCCGGAAGGGUGCUACCUGGCACUGUGUUGUCGGACGCAACUUUGGCAGCUUCGUCACUCACGAGACCAAGCAUUUCAUCUACUUCUACCUCGGCCACUGCGCGAUCCUCCUUUUCAAGACUCAGUAA